AUGUUGUCGCGCUUUGCCAUCACAUCGUCUCGGAGCAUCGUGCGAACGGCCGCUUGUAGUCAAGCCGUGCCGCAGCCAAUCCAACAGUUCGACGACUUCCUGACCAAGAUCUUCAUCAACAACGAAUGGCACAACUCCAAGUCGGGUCGAGUUUUCCCAACCAUCAAUCCGGCUACGGGCGAGAAGAUUGUGGAUGUUCAGGAAGGAGAUGCGGCUGAUAUCAACGAUGCUGUUCAGGCGGCCAAGAAGGCGUUUGAGCUUGGUUCACCGUGGAGACAAAUGGAUGCGGCCGAUCGUGGAAAGUUGUUGUUCAGAUUGGCCGAUUUGAUGGAAAGGGACAAGGUCUACUUGGCUGUGAGUUUAUUUAUAUUGUAGUGGGUUUUAUGUUGAUAAAAAUUUGAGGAUUGAUGAUUUUUGGGUGAGUUCAAAAAGAUAAGGGAGUUUAAAAGGUAAAAAAAGUCGUUGUUCAUAAAAAGCGUUUUUAAUAUUAACGUAGACAAGUUUUUAAAAUUUUUGAUCUUUACCUUAUGAAAUUUUGGGAUUUAUGGUUUCAAGGCAUUUCGAUAUUAUUUUUGAUUUUUCAGAGUUUGGAAACAUUGGACAACGGAAAACCAUACGCUGUUUCGUAUCUUGGAGACUUGCAUUUGGCUAUUGAAUGUUAUAGGUAUGUUAAGGUAACUUUGUAGUCUAUAACAACUUUUUUGAUUAAAUAAGUUAGUUAUAGCUAUUUUACAUUUAAUUUUUCAAUUCUUUAAUUUAAAAUUGUCUUAAAAAAUUUGCUUUUAGGACUUUUGUUACCUAAAGUUUCAAAAAUUAAUCAAGAACUUAUUUUUAUCAAAUAAUGUCUUUGAUGAUUUAUGUUUUUAUUAAUAUUUUUUACAUUAAACACCUUUUAUAUUCAACUUCAUUUAACGGUAAUAUUUUAGAUACUACGCCGGUUGGGCCGACAAAAUCGAAGGCAAAACCAUUCCAGUUCGUGGAAAGUACUUCACCUACACUCAACACCACCCAGUUGGAGUAGUUGGCCAAGUAAUCCCAUGGAACUUCCCUCUCCUUAUGCAAGCCUGGAAACUUGGCCCAGCUUUGGCCGCCGGUAACACCGUGGUGAUGAAAACGGCCGAACAAACACCAUUAUCAGCACUUCAUGUAGCCAAAUUGGCGGCCGAAGCCGGCUUCCCUCCAGGUGUCAUCAACGUUGUUCCUGGUUAUGGUCCAACUGCUGGUCAUGCCUUGGCUGUUCAUCCUGAAGUCCAAAAGGUAGCGUUUACUGGAUCGACUGAAGUUGGACGAUUGAUCAUGUUGGCGGCGGCCGAAAGCAAUUUGAAGAGAAUCACUUUGGAAUUGGGAGGAAAGAGUCCGAAUAUUGUCUUUGCUGACGCUGAUCGUGAGUUUUUGGUUUGGAUUUCUCGACUGGUGUUUGAUAAGAUCUAUGUUAAUAUAGAAAAGCUAAGAUUCUUGCAUGAAUUUAGAUUUAAUUUUGCCCAAACUUUCAGUGGAUCACGCUGUUAACACCGCAUCUCAAGGCGUCUUCUUCAACCAGGGCCAAACGUGCUGUGCCGGUACCCGAACCUUUGUCGAAGCCAAGGUCUACGAUGAAUUCGUAGCCAGAGCCAAGGCCCUUUCAGAAACCAGAAGACUUGGAGAUCCAUUCAACCCCCAAACAGAACAAGGCCCUCAAGUUGAUCAUGAACAACUGAAUCGCAUCCUCAACUAUGUCAACAUUGGAAAAGACGAAGGAGCUCAGCUUGUAUCAGGAGGAAACCAGUACGGUGAUAAGGGAUACUUUGUAGAACCUACAGUGUUUGCCAACGUUGAUAACAACAUGAAGAUUGCGCAGGAAGAGAUCUUUGGCCCCGUAAUGUCGAUCAUCAAGUUCGACAACAUGAACGAUCUCAUCAGCAAAGCCCAUGCCUCGAUUUAUGGUCUAGCUGCUGGUAUCAUCACCAAGGACAUUGACAAGGCUUUGUAUAUGGCCAAUUCCCUGGAAGCUGGUACUGUUUGGGUCAAUUGCUACAACGUGUUUGAUGCUGCGGCUCCAUUCGGCGGGUUCAAAAUGAGCGGAAUUGGUCGCGAACUGGGAGAGUACGCUUUGGAAAACUACACCGAAACCAAAUGUGUCACAAUCGCGAUCCCGGAGAAAAACUCGUAA